UUAUAAUGCGUUCUAUCUUAAGAGUUUCUAUUUUUAUAUCGGUAGAGCAACUGAUCUUUCUGCCAUCUGUGAACUAACAAGAAAAUUCUUUAUGUGAAUUAUAUUGUACGACCUCGACUCCGGAUUUAUGUUCUAGAAGAAAUGGACAAUUGUAUCUAUAAUGUGCAAUGCAAAAGGUGAAUUCAUAAUUCUUUUGUUCGCUGAAGCUUCCAAACUUUUAUUAAGUAGAAAUUAAAAAUAUUAUUUCCACCUAGUAAUUGUGCAACAUGCCAUCCAUUUGUGGCGAUACAAUAGACAUGACUGCUGCACAACCAACAAUCGCAGAAGGUAUCUCUAGUACUGACAGUAUUGGAACACAUAGUGAUAUUUCUGGACAUACAACCAUUUCUGGAAGACCUAGAAUGGAUGUAGCUUGUGUUUUGGAUCUACAACAACCGGAACAUUUGGCUCAGAGAAGAAGAGCUUUAGAAGAAGUUAGACAAGCAUGCAAUCUAGUUAAUGCUAAUAUACAUCAUAUUCAGUUUGAAAAAUUGGAUUUUGGAGAAACAAAUGUACUUGAUACAUUUUAUAAUGCAGAUGUAGCUGUUGUAGAUUUAAGUAUUCAGUUGCAACAAUCUGCUUUGUUUUAUCAUCUUGGUGUUAGAGAAAGUUUUGGUAUGAAAGAAAAUAUUUUGUUACAUAAUGAUAUAGACACAGAAACAACAAUCAGAAUUAAGUUAUCAUGUGGUAACUACACAUUUGUUUCCUAUCGUGUGGUGGAAUGUGGUUCAUGUGUGGCAACAAAUCCAGCUACUACUAGAAUUACUGGAGAAGAAGUAAUAGAUCCAAAACAACAUCUUACAUUAAAGCUUAAAAAAUUAUUUCAAGAUGUAGAAGUACAAUCUAAAGCGCAUAUGAAAGAAAAAUUCUUAGCUGAUUUACGAAAAGCGCGCGAAACAUAUUCGGGAGAAGAACUUUCGAAAGCAUUGAACAACAUGCGUAAACGUUUAGAUGAUCCAAACGUUUUAUCUGGAGAAGUUGUUCUAAAUGUUUUGAUUUCCUUCCGUGAGAUACAGGAUUAUGAUGCAAUGGUACAAUUAGUUGAUGAUCUAAGAACAAUACCAACUCAUAAAAAUUAUAUCAAUACUCCGGCUAUUCGAAAUCUAUAUGCAUUUGCAUUAAAUCGACGAAAUAAAGAAGGUGAUAGAGAAAGAGCAUUGAAGGUUAUAGAAAAAGCUUUGGAGAAGAAAGAAAAUCAUGUCCCUGAUAUGUUAUGUUUAUGUGGAAGAAUAUAUAAAGAUAAAUUUGUAGAAAGUAGACAUACUGAUAAAGAAAGUUUAAAAAAUGCGAUUCAUUGGUAUAGAAAAGGUUUUGAGGUUCAACCAAAUGAAUAUGCGGGAAUUAAUCUCGCUACAUUACUCGUUAUAGCAGGAAAUGAAUUUUCUAAAAGUGAGGAAUUACAACAUAUAGGCAUGAUAUUAAAUAAUCUAAUUGGCAAGAAAGGUAGUUUAUCAAGUUUGAAAGAUUACUGGGAUGUAGCAACGUUUUUUGAGAUUAGUGUACUUGCCGAGGAUUAUUCGAAAGCUAUUCAAGCUGCCGAAUGCAUGUUUAAAUUGAAGCCACCAAAUUGGUACCUGAAAUCUACAAUAGGGAACAUAUCGCUGAUAGAUAGAUUUCGUAAAAAGAAUGAAGAAGCUGAGGUUUCACCAGAGGAGCAAAUAUUUAGUUUUUGGACGGACUACUUUGCCGAAGCUACAAAAGCGGAAGUUGGAGAUAGUAUACGGUUUCCACUCUUAGUGUUGGAGCCAACGAAGAUCUUGAUGCCGAGCUAUGUAAACGUUAACCUUGGAGCAGAAGAAAAAUCGGUGCAAAUUUGGAAUUUGUGCUUGGAUAAUAUGAAGAAUAAUUGCAAACAAGUUCACGAUUGGUUAUUUACCGCAAACAUGAUACGUAGUGUAAGCUUAUACAAAAGAGAUGAACGCUGCCUUUUUCUAUAUGUUCAUCAAAAUUCUGAUGAUUUCCAAAUGUAUUUUCCGUCUGUUCAAUGCAGACAAAGAUUUUAUGAUUUAAUUUUGGAAAUGACCAGAGAUCAAGAGGGCAUGGUUACAGAUUUAGAUGCAUAUAUGACUGAUGAUAGGAUGAAGUUUGAAUAUGAAUUGGAUGACCAAAAUAAACGAAUAAUGCUAGGUAAAGGUACAUAUGGAAUCGUCUAUGCGGCUCGAGAUUUAAACACGCAAGUUAGAAUUGCUGUAAAAGAAAUACGUGAACGGAAUUUAGGAGAUGUGCAACCCUUACAUGAAGAAAUUAAAUUACAUAGUCAGUUAAGGCAUAGAAAUAUUGUACAAUAUCUGGGUUCAGUAAGCGAAGAAGGAUAUUUCAAAAUUUUCAUGGAACAAGUUCCUGGAGGUAGUUUAUCAGCUUUGUUAAGAUCAAAAUGGGGACCUUUAAAAGAAAAUGAAUCUACAAUUGCUUAUUAUACUAAACAAAUCUUGGAAGGUUUGAAGUAUCUUCAUGAUCAAAAAAUCGUUCAUAGAGACAUUAAAGGCGAUAAUGUUUUAGUAAAUACAUAUAGCGGGGUAGUGAAAAUUUCAGACUUUGGCAUGUCAAAACGAUUAGCUGGUUUAUGUCCAAGUACGGAAACAUUUACUGGAACAUUACAAUAUAUGGCACCGGAAGUUAUCGAUAAAGGACAACGUGGAUAUGGUGCUCCAGCUGACAUUUGGUCUCUGGGUUGUACAAUAGUCGAAAUGGCAACUGGCAAACCACCAUUUAUUGAAUUAGGUUCUCCUCAAGCAGCAGUGUUUAAGGUUGGAUAUUAUAAAAUACAUCCUGAAAUUCCAUCUGAAUUAUCCGAAAGAGCAAAAAAUUUUAUAUUACGUUGUUUUGAACCUAAUCCUGAUAUAAGAGCAACUGCAGCUGAAUUAUUAGAAGAUCCAUUUUUAAAUGAGAAGAAGAAAACUAAUCGUUUAGCAGCACCACCUGAUUUUAGUAGAAGUAUUUCAGUACCUGCUGACAGAGUUGAACGCUUAGGAAAAUCUGACAAAACGAAUAAUAAUCAUAUUGUUUCUGCUUCUCCUAUUCAAACUUCACAAUCCGAUGAUAGUGGAGGACUGACAAAGUCAAGCCCAUUGAGGGAGCGUAGUCCAGCACACCUUCUGUCUCCUAUUAGAAUGCCCACUGCAACCCUUUCUUUUAACAGUAUGAUAGGAAAUACACCAUCUAUAGAGACAAGUGAAACUGACACAGCUGGAGCUUCAAUGACAAGAAGAAGUUCUUCUGGUGGUUUAUUGUCACCAGAAGUUGAAUUAGGAGGACAACCUGGUCAAAAAACUGGUGAAGAACAAGAAGGUUUUUAUCUAUUAAAAAAAGAUAGUCAAAGAAGAAUGACAUUAACUAGAGUUCUUACUCAAGAUGAAGCAAAAAUUUGUGAAGUAUGGAUGAGAGAUAUUCAAGUAGAACUAUCAACAAGUCAAACUGUUUUGCAAAUGAAUCAUUUAAUUUUAUUAAUGCGUGCCUUAAGAGAUUAUAUUGCAGAACAAAAUCAAGAAGUAAUUGUGACAGCCAUUAGAACAUUAAAAGAAGAAUUGGAUUUCGAUUCUACUGCUAUUACUCAUCUGAAUCUAGCUAUUUAUUUAUUUCAAACAGCAGUGAAUGAAGUUUUACGAAUGCAUAGUAUAAAACCUCAUUGGAUGUUUGCAUUGGAUAAUUUAGUCAGAAAUGCUGUACAAGCUGCUAUCAAUGUAUUUUCUCCUGAACUUGGUGCUAACUUGCUUGGUCAAGAGCGUGUGCAAUCUGCUGGUCAAGGACCAGAAGAAGGAUCUAUAUCUGGCGUAUCAACCGUAAAUUCUGUAAAAUCACAGAAAACUGGCGAUUCUUUAGAUAACAAAUACUGGAAAGAAUAUCGGGAUCAAAUGGGAGCUUUAAAAAUGGAUAAUUUAAGAUUAUUACAAGAAUUGAUUGAAAGUCAAAAAUCAUAUCAAGCUUUGUUGCAACAAGUUCUCGAAGAACAAAAAGUUCAAGUUAAUACUUUAACACGUCUUUGUGAAAGUAUAAAUAGGCGUAUUAUGAAACAAGAAUCAGGUUAUAAUUCAUCAAUAUCUGGAAACACAUCACAACAGCUAAUUUCUUUAACUGUUAAUGAUACACCUUCUAAUACUUCAUGCGCAGACCAGGCUCUUAUUGAAUGGUUACAAAAUCUUCAGAUAGAUGAAAUGACAAUUGAAAGGUUCCUAUAUGAGCAAUAUACAUUAGAAGAUAUUUUAAAUCAUAUUACGCGUGACGAUAUUCGCAGACUUAAUUUCAGAGGAGGAAUUGAAUUAAGGAUAUGGCAAGCUAUAUUAAAACAUCGACAAAGCAAUAAUUAAUAAGAUUAUAUGAAUAAAAAGGAGCAGUAGUUAAAUUGUGUAUUACAUUGGAAUUAGUUUAUUUGAGAUUCGUUAUCAGGGUAGAAUAGAAAUCUUCUUGUUAAAAUGAUUAUAAUGUUGAAUGUAAUAUUCGUGACAUUUGUUAGAAUUUUAUUCAUGAGGUAAGUUUACACGGAAAGUUUUAAAUAUACACUGAUAUUAGUUUAUCGCGUAGUUCCUAAAUAUAGUGUAUUUAUUAAUUACAAAAUUAAGAUGUACAUAUAACAAAUUUUGCAUAUAUUGAUUUAUUUUAAAAUGAAACUCAUUACAGCAGAAUUUUACAAUCUGUUGGAAUUAUAUUUAACAACUAUAUUGUACAGAAAUCAGUAUUGCUAUGUCAAAUAAUUAAAUAUGUUAUGAUUAUAUGCAAAAUUUGUAUAUUUGAAAAUCAUUAAUUUUACUUAUUAAUCUAGAAUAUUAAUCUUGCCAAGUUUAGAAAAAUGAUAAAAAUAUGAUUAUUAUUUAUCUAAAAAAUUUAAAGAUUUAAAGAUUUAAAGAUUGAAGAAUUCAAUAUAAUUUCUAUGUUUACACAAAUUUGACAUUACUGCCACAGUAAAAUUGUUUGUUGAAGAAAUGUGCAUAAAAAGUUGUCUUGUGCUUUCGCAUUUUGCGAUAUAUUGAAUGAUUUUCUCCUUAUUCUGUGCAACUAUUAAUAGUAGAAGAAUUAUGUAUUUAAACAUAAUUGAAAAAAUAAUUAAUACAUUAUUUACAUAAUAAUUAAACAAAAAAUAAAUGAUCCUAGUGCCUUAUAAAUUAGCGUAAUAGUACAAGAGAAAAUAUUUAUUAUAUGCAAAUAAUAAAUGUUUUAGUUGUUGAUAAAAUUAUAUUUGUUAAGAAAAAG